GGCAUCUGUAUCACUUACUUUUGGUCAUCUCUGUGGAAACAAGAAAACAGAUUUAAUUAUUUUUUCAAAUUUCAAUAACAUUAAUCUAUAUAUCAUUAAGUAUUUUGUAGUUUAUCUCAGCCCCAAUCUAUUUCUUUCUGCCACAUACAGACUCCAUUGCCCUGAACAGUAGGAUUAUCUUCAGCAUAUACAAAAUCAGUAACCUGUCUUCAGCUUACUAAAAUCAAGAUUACAAUCAUCAGCAAACUUUGUAAUGUUUAGAAUCCUCUCUGAACCUUAAUUUGCAAAUCUUUCUGGAAAAAUCAAAAUAAAUUUUCUCAAGAUUCUCCUGUAUGUGGAUUGACUUCCAGGAAAUAAUCUACAAUUGCUAUUGUUUUUAAGACAACUGUUUUUUUCAGGUGGAUGCAGCACAGGAAAAAUUAGAUGACUGGAGAAAUCUGCUGAUUAAAAAGUGGUCAAAAGGAGUAUAUAUUUCUUUGCUGAUGGUCAGUCAAUAAUAGUUCUUUGUUGCUGCUUCUUUUUAAUCCUCUGCUGGCAGUUGAAGAAAAUUAGAUGUUCAUAUUCAUAUUUUUUUUCAGGAACAUUUUGAAUUAAAGGAGCUUUGUUUCAGUUUGGAAUAUUCCAUUAUACCCUGUUUCACUCAUGUGGGCUACUGAUAUGAAAGUCUUGUAGACUGACAUUCAAAAUCUUGUGCAGCAAAGGCUGCUGAGCAGACAAAAGGUCAUGGUUAUGCAAUGGCUAGUUAGGAUCUAAACAAUGGUAUUAAAUACUUGGAUUAAGGUUGUUGGUACAGGGGAGGAUGAUAUGAGAAGAAACCUUGCUUCUUAAAUCUAUAGUAGUAAAUCAUAUAGGAAGAAGGAUAGCCAGGAUUUUAGAUUGCAUACAGCUGAGAGAGAUCAGGAGAGCAUCUUGGCAGGGGAGGAGAGUGAGUGCAGAAGAGCAUUGGAAUAUCUCUCUAUAAGGCUGUUCAGUGCAAUUGUUCUCCAUUGAUGGUAGUCUAUAUUUAAUAUUCAGAGAAAGGGCCAAGAAACCUUGAAUUUUCUAGCCGUGGGUUAAUUUUCCUUUGAGUACUUAAAAAUGUUAACUGUUUUGGUUCUGAUCGCAAUUACUUCCCUCAGCCCAAGAUGAGCUGGGACAAUUUGCAUGACUGCACAUUCACAAUGAAGACUGAAUGCAAAGGGAAGGUUUUCUGUGUGAGAAGUGCACAUGGACUUGGGCUUCUGCAAUCAACUCUAUCAUCUUUUCCUUCCUGGAAAUAAGAUGAUGAAGAAGGAUAUUGCCUAGGAAAAACUAUUUUCUUUAGGACAAUUUAUCAAGCCAUUUGUGACUUUAGCUACCUUGUCCUAUUUUUGAUCCUUAGAUGGUCUCCAUUUCUUAAAAAUUACAAGAAGCGUAGUUAGUAUAAUGCAGCCUUGCAACAUCACAUCUUGCAAGUGGACAACUGAGGCAAAGAAAAGUUAAUGAUGCAUGGAGGGGCUGAGAGAGAGAACCAGGAGGAGAUAGGCAUUCUCUUGAUUCCUACUUUGUCACAUACGCAAAACAGAGCAACCUUAUGUCACAGAAGGGGAAAGAGUAAAUUACAGUAAAUUGCAGCCUGGAAAACAAAAAGUCAUCAGUCCAGCUCAAGGAAUUCUGCAGAGAUUAAUACCACAGUGCUGUAAGUCUGCUAACACAAAAUCAGUCCUAAAAUACUAUGCUGAAAAGUUAAAGAAGGGAACCAGAUCUCUGGUAGCCCAUCCGCUUUUCUGUAGCUACUGGAAGCUCGUGCAGCAUUCAAAUCUGCUGUGCCGUGUGAUGUUUCAGAGAGGCUCAGAAGCAGCAGCCCCUUGACUUUCUGCAGCUCCCGAGCCCCAUUGGCUGGAAGGCAAAGCAGAGGCGGAGAGUGCCCUGAAUAUUUUUCUCCUCCACACACCAUAAAGCAGGCAGCCGGUACACACUGUCUGACAGCAAGACUGGUGCUUGCAGUUUGAAAUUAGUUUCGGCUCGGCAGCAGUCACCUGAGCAUUUUACGUUUAUAUCUCUUAAUAGAAGGGCAAAAAAAAAACAAAAACGAACAACCCUUCAUCGUAACAGUGAUCUAAACAGGAACUGAACGUAGGAGAAAAUCUCAUACAAACUUACAGACUGUUGGGACUCUGUGACACAGAUCACCGAGGUGAAUGUGAUUAUGAUCAGAAACUGCAUCUGUGAGAGCGUAAACCAGCAUCUGUGAGUUUUAAACCUUAUUUUGUGACAGCAGUCAAAGUGUUCUGAACUGCUGCCUGCCUUGGUGCUGGCUUAUUUUUCUUCUCUUCCCAAAUUGAAAAGCCAAAGGAGGAUUUCAGAGGAAUGCAAAAGGAACAGGCAUUUUAAAAGCAGGAAGCUGAAAGGGAAUCUCCAUAAGAUGAAUUUCACCCAGCACCGUGGGACACUCCAGCCUCUGCAUUUCUGGAAUCACAGCAAUGGACUGCACGGGGGUGCCAGCGAGCCCAAUGCAAAGGGCCACUCCUCAGGAGGCUGCUACGAGCAACUCUUCGUAUCCCCUGAAGUGUUUGUGACUCUGGGCAUCAUCAGCUUGCUGGAGAACGUCUUGGUCAUUGUGGCAAUAGCCAAGAACAAGAACCUCCAUUCGCCCAUGUACUUCUUCAUCUGUAGCUUGGCAGUGGCUGACAUGCUAGUGAGUGUAUCUAAUGGAUCAGAAACUAUUGUCAUCACGCUGCUAAACAAUACAGACACAGACGCACAGAGCUUUACCAUAAAUAUUGACAAUGUCAUUGACUCAGUGAUUUGCAGUUCCCUGCUUGCAUCAAUUUGCAGUCUCCUCUCAAUAGCAGUGGACAGGUAUUUUACUAUCUUUUACGCCCUCCAGUACCAUAACAUCAUGACGGUAAAGCGUGUAGGGGUCAUCAUCACAUGCAUCUGGGCUGCUUGCACAGUCUCAGGCAUUUUGUUCAUCAUUUACUCUGACAGCAGUGUUGUCAUCAUCUGCCUUAUUAGCAUGUUCUUCACCAUGCUCAUUCUCAUGGCAUCCCUCUAUGUCCACAUGUUCAUGAUGGCUCGGAUGCAUAUCAAAAAGAUCGCAGUUCUUCCAGGGACCGGCCCUAUUCGCCAAGGGGCCAACAUGAAAGGGGCCAUCACUCUCACUAUCCUGAUUGGAGUUUUUGUUGUGUGCUGGGCCCCAUUUUUUCUGCACCUCAUCUUCUACAUCUCCUGCCCCUAUAACCCUUACUGUGUGUGCUUCAUGUCCCAUUUUAACUUCUAUCUCAUCCUCAUCAUGUGCAACUCCAUCAUCGAUCCACUUAUCUAUGCAUUCCGGAGUCAGGAGCUCAGGAAAACUUUCAAGGAGAUUAUAUGCUGCUGUAGUCUGAGAGGGCUUUGUGAUUUGCCUGGCAAAUACUAGACUGAGGUGGAUAUGUUACUGUGUACUCAACAUGCAGCACUGACUUCUAAGCCUUCAGAUCCUCUUUUUCAGCAGAACUUGGGUUACAUCUUUAAGAGCAAACACCUCUUUCUCUCUCCCUUUCCUCUCAUCUUUGUAUCCCAUUCAUGUGUAAUUCAUACUUCUGUAUAGUGUUUGUGAUAUCUAUUCUUUGUAAUUUAUUUGCCUGGGAAGAGAACAGAAGUAGCGUUUCAUACCAGUUUGUAAGUGAGCAGAUAAAUGAUGAAUGUGAAAUACUAACAAUUAUGAACAGCUGUAUGUUCCAACUGCUGAUAAAAUAAAAAUCUU